GUUAUCUCCUGCGCUCUCACCGACCUUUCCCCCCGACUCUUCCUCCCCACGAAAAGCCAAUCCUCUAGAUCCACCAUGAGUUCGGACUCGUGUACCGGACGCUGCCUGUGCGGCGCCGUGCAGUACGUCGUCCACAGAGACAUCAACGAUAACAUCCAUGCCGCCCACUGUCACUGCAACAUGUGUCGUCUCUGGACUGGUUCCAUCUGCCUCACCGCCGUCUGCUUCCCCGCCUCCGCCGUCUUCUUCCUAGUCGACUCCACCGAAAUACCCUACCACAAUCCCCCGCCUGCCCUCAAGUCCUAUACCUCCAGCCCCGGCGUCAUCCGCCAAUUCUGCGGCAGCUGCGGCUCGAGCAUGUUCUACCACGACGAAAAAGAAGGCCGGGACGGCCCAAACGGAAAGGAGGGCUUGGACGAAAAGGAAGGCCUUGUUCAUGUGUCUGCGGGGACCCUGAAGGAGCUCAAGGACGUGAAGAUCAAGUCGCAGCUAUUCUGUGAGAAUCUGAUACCGGGGAUGGAGGUGGGGCCGACUGGGGAGGGAGUAGAGAUGUUCAGGACGAGGGAGGGCAAGUGGGAGGCGGGGGAGGAGAGUAGGAAGAAAGGGUAGAAAGGGUAGUGUAGGCUGGCUUAUCCUGUCGAUCAGUCUCGUAUCCUUGCCUCUGGAAACGAUGUUUAGCGUGUUGCAGUCAACGUGUCAAGUCAAGCACGCACCAUUUACCCACGUAAA